UCUGAUUACUGUUAACCGAUUCUAUAUGUAUAACUAAUACUACCUUACGUCUUUAUACUGAAGACGAGUCUCACUGUUCACGUAGAGUUCUUCGUUUAUUUACGAUUAGAAAUUUAAGUGUUAUUUUAAAAUUAUUUAUAAAUAAUGGAGAAAAUACUAGUCGAGCCUCGGGAUGGAACCGUAGUGUCAUGUUUGUCUAACCUUCUUCAAACGAGUGCUGAAGAUGCACUUACUAUUGGUGAUACGUUUAAAGUCGGACUAUCAGGGGGGUCUUUGGUACAAUUAUUGGUUGACAGUUUACCUAAUGUUACAACUGAUUGGAGUAAAUGGUAUUUCUUCUUCUGUGAUGAAAGAGUUGUUCCUUUCGAUAGCAAUGAUUCUACUUAUGGAGUAUAUAAGUCAAAGUUGAUUGGGAAGAUACCAAUAACUGAAGAACAAUUUAUAAAAAUUAAUCCUGAUCUGUCUGCCGAAGAUGUUGCAAAAGAUUACAUUAAGAAGAUGUCUGUAUUUUUCCCUCCCGACCGUGUUCCAUGUUUUGAUGUGCUUCUUUUGGGAUUGGGUCUAGAUGGACAUAUAUGCUCUCUUUUCCCUGGUCACAAACUUUUAAACGAAGCAAGCUUGUGGGUUUGUCCUAUUAAUGAUUCUCCCAAGCCACCUCUAUCUCGUAUUACUCUCACUCUUCCUGUGAUAAAUAAUGCAAAAAGAUGCAUAUUUGCUAUUACCGGAUAUGGUAAAGCUGGAAUUGUUAAGCGAGUAUUGCAAGAUAGAGAAAAUUUGCCAGCUGCUCGUGUUCAACCCCACAAUGGAGAAUUGUAUUGGGUCCUAGAUGAAGAUGCUGCAAAAUUUCUAGAAACAGCCUAAACAACAUUCCAUUAAAUUGACUAUGACAUUCCAUGUUAAUAUCUUGUCCUAAUGCUCAGCAAAUUUUUUGAGCUUACUUUUAUAUACAUAUGUGCAUCUUACUUAAGAUACCUAAUAAUAGAAAAGUAACUAAAUGACAUUUUUUGUAAUUUAUUGCUCAAAGAUUGAUAUUUGUUUAUUGUGAUGUUAAUAUCAUCUGAAAUAUAUUAGGUUCUGUUACGUAUUUUAA